UAACGAGAUUUCCUGAGAAAGGCGGAAGUUAUUGCAUUAAAUGACUGCCGCCCUUUCCCUCUUCAUUCAUUCUUCUCAAAAUCUUCCCCUUCAACGGCCAAGAUUCUCUUAUCGAAUCCUCACGGGAAAUUUGCAACCAUCAGAUUCGAAUAAAUUUGCAGGCCUUGCUGCUUUUCUGAACAAUUUACCAUAAGGAACAAGCAACAUCAACGCGCAUUCCUGGAAUCAUUUUCCCAACUAUUUUUGCAAUUAAUUUGAUUUCAGGAAAUCAUUUGAAUUUGAGUUUUGCUGGAAAUAUGUUUAGAAUUUGAAGAUUUCAGGGCUUUGUGACGAAUGUUCAGAGUUCGAGAAGAUGGAAUUACUCAACAGAGGUCUUAUGAUUGUUCUUGGCUAUGCUUAUCCUGCUUAUGAAUGCUUUAAGUGUGUUGAAGAGAAUAAGACAGAUGUGGAUCAGUUAAGAUUCUGGUGUCAAUACUGGAUCAUUGUUGCAAUGUUGACUGUCUUCGAGAGAGCUGGAGACGAUUUUGUUUCAUGGUUACCGAUGUAUGGUGAAGCAAAAGUCGCAUUGUUUGUUUACUUGUGGCAUUCAAAAACAAAGGGAACGACAUAUGUUUAUCAAACAUUUGUGAGGCCAUACGUAUCAAAGCAUGAGGGAGAGUUUGAUAGGCAUUUGGUCGAGUUCAGAGCCCGAGCUGGGGGCCUAUUCCUUAUGUACUGGCAAUGUGUGGCUAGAUAUGGGCAUGCGAGGUUCUUCGAAAUCCUUGAAUAUCUUUCUUCGCAAUCUUCAGCAUCCAAUCACCCUCAGAAUAAUAAAUCAGAAGCUCAGCCAAGCCAAGCAGAGAGAGAAGAGAUAUUAAAGGCGGCGCAAGUUGCUAUUCCUCAUCCUCCUCCACCAGAAAAACAAUCGCAGGGGAGAAAGAUGACCGGAUUUCAGAAGACCAAACGAGUGUAACUCGGUUGACAGCAAAGAGGAAUAAUUCGUCCUCAAUUCUCUCUCUCUCUCAAAGAGGAAUAAUUUCAUUAAAAAUUCUCUCCAUGAGCCGGCACUUCGAAGCUAUUUGUUUACACUCGGAUGCUGUAAUUAUAUUAAUAUUUCGACCUCUCGCUACUAGUAUCGACAUCUGUAAUAUAGCAAUCUUGGACCUCUCUCUCUACGAGUAUCGACCUCUGUAAUAUGGCAAUGUUCAAAAUCGCAAACAACUCUCUCUCUCUCUCUCUCUCUCUCUCUCUCUCUC